UAUCAGACCAACUUCACAGUCCAUGCUAGCUACCCCCAGCUAAGAUACAGGCUUUGAAUGGGGAAACACUCGUUUUAGAAUGAAUGAUAUCAAAAGUGUUAAAAUGAAUUCACCCUAUCCAACUUUAACCACAUUACACAAGGAUGGGAUUAGAGCUGCUAACCAUUACUUCACAUUGUGUCGCAGUUUGCCACUUAGCUAAGUAGCUACUAGCUAAGAGUCACAAUGAUCACAUGUCUGAAUAUGAUAUUUCUGCUUACAGGAAUUUAACAACACAUUACACCUGCUGCAUUAUGUGUGUACCAGACUUUAUGUGGAAUAUAGAAAGGCUCAAACCUAAAACUAGCCGUGUUUCUUGUCCGGAGCACUUGACGAAGUCCCCAUCUCAUGUGUGCCGCCAUUUUGUUUGUUUUGAAAAUGAAUGAGGACCUCAUGUGGUAGACAACACGUAAUCCUGAACAGAGGAUUAACUAUCUGUUUCUGAUAAUAACCCUUCUUUUGUUAAUGCACAGGGCGAAACAGUUCACCAUUAGUCAUUUUAAAGAAUGCAUACUAAAAAGUUGUUCUGACAGAGGAAGGUGGUGCUCUGAAGGAGUGGCAGAGAAACAGGCUCUCCCUUAAAAGCAGGACUAGUCUCUGGAUGGAGGAGGACUCCAGCAGCAGUGCAGCUUGAAGAAGCACUUGAAUCUCACAGAGUCAGGACUUAAUUUUUUUUUCACUAGUCUUACCGAGCUGGUAUAAUGCAGACUUUCUAAGGCAUCUCUGGAACCCCUGAAUAGGUCUGCUGUUUACUUUUUUGAAGACAACCAAACUUAAGGAAUCUCUUUUUUAUUGUUUGCCUAUUUUCUUCACCACAAAGACAUGGUGCUCUGGGUGAUCUUCCCCAUCUCCCUCUCCCUGGUGUCCUUCAUUGGAACGUGGAGUGUAUAUGGCAUUGCCUACUCCAACAAUCAUGUCUGCUCUCUCAGUGACUGGGGGGAUGACAGAUACUGCUUAGGGAAUCAAACCAAUGGCUGUUGCCUUGCUCCAACUAUAAGCUCGAGUGGAACAAAUGCACCAGAAAAUUCCCUUUUUACAGCCACGAUCAACGCAGGAGCCUUUCUCUUCCUGAUGUUCUGUAUAUUCCACCAUGCACACAUCAUGGAGAAACAUGCCUGUCAUGCCAUGCUGAGCAAGAUUGCACUGGUGUUCGGCGUGGUGGCAUCCAUGGGGGCUUUUGGAGCUGGCAACUGCAACCCCGGUUACCUGGCUCUACUGCACUACUUUGGAGCCGCUGUCAGCUUCAUGUGCAUCUGCUUCUACACCGUCCUGCUCACCUGGCUGACUGGGAGGUGUGUGCUAACAGGAUAUGAGAAGUUUCUCCUCCCAUACCGCAUCAUCUCCACUGUGAUUCAAGCCAUCGUAACCAUCUGCUAUACUUUUCUAUUCACCCAGGAAGAGUACUACUACGUCCACUUGUCAGCUGUGUUCGAGUGGAUGCUCAGUUUAAACCUGGAGCUGUUUGAGCUCAGCUACGCCGUGGAGUUCUGCUUCUUCUCGUCCUACAUGAUUUCCAACCUUCUGACCGAACGGGAGGAAGAGAAGCCCUUGAUGAUGACGCUGUCAUGAUAUAAGGCCGCUAGUAUCCAACUGAGGCACACGGGCGGUGAGGAUGGACUGAGAAAGUCCUCUGUGAAGACUGUGGCUGGAUCCUGGCACAAGGACUGAUACAUGUUUUCUUCACUCUGCUUAGACGGACUGUUUGCACCGUCAGUUGCUCUAUUUUUCUUUACUUUUUUUCUGUUUUUGUACCUGGAAUUUUUCUGUUCCUCUUUGUAAAAUAUUUUGUAUUUAUUGAAAAACCAGCUUGAAAAGCAAAUGAGCAAAAUAUUGCUUUUGUAUUAUACUUCUGUUCAAGUGACAUUGCUGCCUCGCCGAUAGAACAAUUAACCUCCAAUGACACCCUCUAAUACACUUUAUUUAUAGUUUUGUGAUACUUUUUUAAACCCCCAUAAAUUAAAUCUUUAUUUUUCAUGCCAAAGCGGACCAAAUAAACUCCAUAAGGAGGAAAGUCUAGUUCAAUAUUGCUCCAAAAUGACUUUACAACGUAAACUUAAGACAAAAUAGCAUCCAAGUAUUAUGUAUAAAACUAUAAAGUGGAUGAUAACAUGUAAGCUGGUUAUGAAUCUGGUUCCGGAAUGGAUCUAAACACCUGCAUAUGUUUGACACUAUAAUAAAAUAAGAGCCUGUUUACUCUGUAGACACACAUAUUUGUAAGUCUUGAGCACAAGGGUGGAUGAAUUUGCAGUACACUAUUCAGAACAUUUAAGCCCCUGUGACGAAAUGAGAUCCGGUUAAACUGGAUGAUUGACACAGAAAGACAUUUAGACAAGUCACUUUUGACAAGUCCUUCUGGGAAUGUACUGAAUACAAGGACAUGAAUGCCUGAACAAAAAAAAAGUGACUGAUCCAGAAGAGUUAGCUUGGCCAUGCUUGGAGCAGUGGGUGUUGUCUGUACUCCUGUACACAGUUUUAAGGUGUUGGCUGUUCACAGGCUGUAUUUCAAGUUAGUGUGUCUGAUGAUAAACAAGUGUUUUUUCUUAAUGUAGUUACUUUUUCACGUCUUUACAUAAAUAAAAUAUUUUGAGUCAAA